UGCAGCCAGUACACGUCGACAGAUCAGACUGGUGACUGCUGGAUCUGCAUCCAUCUUGAGGAACCUUAACCGCCUUCUGGUAAUUUCUGGCUUAGAGAACAGCAUGAUUAGGGAACUCGUUCUGUGCGUGGCCCUUGGCCUGUUCGCUGUUGGUCUUGCGCAAGAAGAUGGCGGCGGCGGUGCCGGUCCGGACGAGGGGGACGCGAAUGUGCCGAAAGUCUGGGACGACGGCUACGCAAAGAAGCAGAUGGACAAGUACUACACUUACCACGGGGUGCCAGAAUACGACCACGGAGCGUGCCUGGAAAAGUGCGAGGAGUCGGGAGAGGGUGGCGCGGAUAGCUCUUGCGUGAGGCGGUGCGGGGAAGGAUACAAGAACUGCCUAAGAAAGGAGUGCCGGGGCGAUGGGACCAAGGUGGCCACCACUCAGCCCAGAUGUUACUGGUGGCACGGGUGCAGGAGGAGGAUGUGUAAGGGAGAGGAGAAGAACGGUGUGGAGAAGGGACCAAACUGCCCUGACUUGCCUCUUUAGACACUUGUAUUUCUGUAGAUUCCCUACUCAACACAAAAUUCACUCUUCUUCCUGAUGUGAUGUCGAACACUUUAGCGCAAUGCUCUUGUAACUUUGAGUAUGCCAGUAAGAAUAUUUUACAUCGCAAAGCUAAAAGACAGAGAUAUGACUCUUACGUAUUUCAAACGUAAAUUAAACGAACAAUCACUACGUUGUCCAUCUUUAUAGAACAGCCUGUAUACGCUACAUGUAUAUGACCGAAUCACUGAAAUCAGUGCACAGAUAAUUAAUAACUCACUGACCUACCUGUACAAAUGAUUGACAGAAUGAUUUUCAGGGACAAGAACCAUCAACACCGUAUAGUUGUUGCAAUACUAUUCUCUUAACAUGGUUUCUUGCUAAGUGCAAUUGGACGGACAUGAGAAGAGCCAGUCCUCCAAAUAUUCCACACAAUUACAUGUAAGCUAAUUAAAUAAUUCUUUAUACAAGGUUUUUUAAAGGGAAUAGAAAUACAUGAAAAUCGGCGUUAUGAA